AUGAACGCAAGGAAGCUAACUGUCGACGAACAACCCUGUAACUCGAGUUACAAGGAGGAUCUUAGUUUCAACAUCCGCUUGAACGCAUUAACGCUGAGGAUAAUUGGAUCCUGGCCAAGAUCUUUAGGCCACUCCUGGUUGCAGACUAUUCAACACGUCCUUCUGAACCUUCUUUGUUACUGCCUGCUCGCGUUUAUCCUAGUCCCGGGCAUUGUGUACUUCGUCCUCGAGAUCGAUGAUCUUUACAACCAGAUGAAACUGGGCAGCGCGCUCAGUUUCUUCAUGAUGGCGGUAAUAAAGUAUUACGUCUUCAUUGCUCGCGAAGACGAUAUACGUACAUGCGUGAACCUCAUCGAGAACGAUUGGAGGAACGUGAAGCACCAGGAGGAUCGUAAAAUCAUGUUGGAUAAUGCUGGCUUCGGUCAUCGACUUGUCUACAUUUGUGGCGUCUUCAUGUACGGAGGGGUGGUCUUCUAUUAUAUCGUUUUGCCGCUCACUGGAGCGAUGAUCGUGGAAGAGGGUGGCAAUCUGACCUACUGGAGACUGGUUUACCCCUUUCCUAAGCUCCUCCUGGACGCUCGUCUCAGUCCAGCCAAUGAAAUUCUCUACACGAUACAGUUACUGUCCGGUCUCGUUGCUCAUAAUGUCACUGUUGCUGCUUGUGGCUUGGCUGCGCUUCUCGCGAUGCACGCGUGCGGCCAGUUGCAGGUGUUGACGUCUUGGCUGGAGAAAUUGGUAGAUGGCAGGCAGAACGACGACGAGAGCUUGGAUCAGAGACUGGCUAAUAUCGUGGAGCAACACGUUCGGAUAAUCAAUUUCAUUGCUCUUACAGAGAAUCUUCUGCACGAGAUAUCGUUGGUAGAAGUCGUCGGGUGUACUUUGAACAUGUGCUUCUUGGGGUAUUACACGAUGGUGGAAUGGGAUUCUAAUCAUCCUGUCAACGGCAUGACGUAUAUAAUAUUACUGUCAUCCGUUACGUUUAACAUAUUCAUAUUCUGUUACAUCGGUGAGCUCUUGAUAGAACAGACAGUUAAAGUCGGCGAAAAGUCUUAUAUGAUUGACUGGUACCGAAUGCCUUGGAGGAAAAGUCUUGCCGUACCCUUAAUGAUUUCGAUGUCCCAUUCGACGACCAAGAUCACCGCUGGUAAUAUCAUCGAGCUUUCCAUUAGUAGUUUCGGUGGAGUUAUCAAGUCGUCAGUCGCGUAUUUAAACAUGCUACGAACAUUCACAGCUUAA